CUCAUGCUUCAUUGCCAAGUGCUCUCCACCCGCAGUGAGUUUGAUUUUAAAGAAUGGGAAUCCUAUGAGCACCUACAGUAUCACAGCUGUAUUGGUUGUCACAGCACCUGCUGAUGCUCAAAUAGUUGCGGCAAAGAAAGUUAUCUCAUCUCUUCACAUUACCAGCAGUCAUGUGCAACAGGAUGACACGCAAGAGAAAAGGCGCCGGUGUUUACCUGGCUGCAGCUGUUAUUCUGACGUGUUAUUUUGCGCAAACUAUAGAUUGUUAUCGUCUGAAGAAAAGAGAAAGACGAGAAGGGAGAAAAGAUGCCGAAACAACAAAUGGCUUCCAAGAGGGGACAAUUGUUUUCGGGAGAGCUUUUGAAAAAGGGUCAGGACUUGAUUCUCAAGUCACAGACGGGACCAAGAAGUCAUCCUCAAACGCUUAUGUGGAGGAUGAAGGUGAUUAUCAAGCAGACUCUGCAGGCUGGAUGAGCCCAACACAAGUCGCCAGUCCCAAAGACUCGUCAUGGAUGAGCAUGUCGCCCUCACUGCAGUGUGGUUCGGGCCAGUUGAAGUUCAGAGUGGUGGGAUCAGGAAUUUCACAAUUUGCGGUAGAACAAGGAAAUGCACCUCCAAUGCCUCUGUCCCAGGUCCCGUCUACCUGUGGCUACAGCAUGCAGAGGAACUCAUAUGCACUUGUCAUGUUGGUUCCCUAUGAUGGCUGCAACAUGGUUCAAGAGGGUGGAAGUUAUGUACUCCCGAUGCGUUGGCAAGGAAUUCCAGUCUCUCUCUGGUGUUCCAAACCUGCCUCACCUCCUGCCUCACCUCCUGCCUCACCUCCUGCCUCACCUCCUGCCUCAUCUCCUGCCUCACCUCCUGCUUCCAAAACGACUUCCCUAAAUUCCACUCUUCAGCUGCUGCUGGUAGUCCCUAAAACCAAGAAAAAGAACAGGGGAGAUCGAGCCUUCUCAGCGGUAGCCCUCAGGCUCUGGAACGACCUGCCCCCGCAUGUCAAAUUGUCGCCCACCCUCCAAACUUUUAAGUCUCGUCCAAAGACCCACCUCUUUUCCCUCGCUUUCGAGUCAGUCUGA